AGAGAGAGAGAGAGAGAGAGAGACAGACACAGACACAAAUAACACACUUUGGGGGCUUGAAAUCACAGCAUGAAGAAAGGGUCCGGCCUUUUUUCUUCUCCUAUUUGUGUCGAUUAAUUCGUUUGAAGCUGACUAGACUGUUUAGUCUGCCGUUAUCCUUUGUGAAAGAUUGACCGCAGCAGCAGUUAUGGCAAAUACAUCCUCCAUCUUCUUGAUGACUUUUCUUGUUGUAGGAAUGGCACAAGGACAGAAACAGCAGAAAGAUGACCAUAACAAUACAGGCGGCAUAAGGCCAAGAACUUUCCGGGGUUAUGCCAUCCCCAUUCAGCUUCCUCUUCUACCAAAUUCAACAGAAAUGCAAACACGCUCCAUUGGAGUUGCUGUUCAAGACCUUGCAUUGUUGACAAACAGCAGUGCCUUGUAUCUCAGGAGCUCACUGAGCACACGAGCCAUCCCUUCAAUCUAUGUGGUUGCGAUUGUCAUUGGCAUCCCGGCCAACAUUGCCAUUUUGGUCUCAAUUGGCACCAAAGUACGUGUGGUAUCUGCAGCCAUCUUGUGCUGCAGCCUGGCAGCUUCAGACCUUCUUCUUUUGCUCAGCCUGCUGCUCAAAGCGCAUUACCACUUUUCAGGCAACAACUGGACAUUUGGCGAGUCUGCAUGCCGUCUCACCACUGCCUGUUUUUAUGGCAACUUAUAUUGCUCCGCACACACGCUAGCAUGCAUGAGUAUCAAGCGCUACCUAGCUGUGGUACACCCCUUUUUUUACAAACGCCUUCCCAAGCGCUCCUGCACGGCCUGGUCCAGUCUAGGUGUGUGGAUUGUGUUUUCAUUGGCAAUGUUGCCCAGUCUACUAGUCCAUCAGAGCUACCAUAUCCCUCAGCUGGGAAUCACCACAUGCCACGAUGUCCUUCCUUUAGAUGCUAGUACUCACAAUUUCUUGGUGUACUAUAACAUAGGGUUAACAUUAUUUGGCUUCCUUCUUCCCUUGCUUGUGACUGCAGCAUGUUUUGGCUCAAUUGUAUGGCAUUUGAACCGUUCACACCAUGACUGGAGCCUCUACAUCAAGGCCAGCACAUUGGUCUUUCUCAUCUUUGUCAUGUGUUUCACCCCAAGCAGCUGUAUACACUUCCUACACUAUCUACACAUAUACACAAGCGGAGAUGACAAUUUCUACACCUACUUUAAUGUGGUCGUCUGCCUCUGCUGCCUCCACUGCUGUAUGGACCCAUUUCUGUUCAUGCUUGUGUCUAGGACAACAGGCUCCAGGCUUUACUUUAUGUCUCACAAAGGAAAGAUGCUCAGCAUUUCCACUUAAAUUUGGACAUUUGUCAAUAUUAAUACCACCUCAAAAAAUCUACAAAUGCACCCUGAAGGGGCUGAUUUCUGGAACAUAAAGAAUGAAACCAGUUAGAUUCAUGCCAUGUCAAUACCACAUCCUUGAUCUUUUUGGAUAAUUAUUUCUUUAUUACUCUUUCAAAUAUUAUAUUCGGCAUGAGAAAAUGUCUGCUAAUCCUAGAUAAAACAGAUGUGAUGUGUAUUUGGCACUAAACAAAUUUGCAUAUAGGAGAAGAAUCAGUUUGAGUUUAGGGUUGUUUUUUCUUUUUUAUCACUGCAACCGCAAUAGCAAAGUGGAAUUAGCAUUCAGAUCAGGUGUGCAAAGGCUCAGCUAUUUGGUUUCAAACUGUUAUCCAUUAUACAUGAACAAAACAUUGAGUGCCAUUCGAAUAGCUAGGACUAUAAAGGGAACAUUGUACUACUGUGAUGUAUGUGUGGUGUGUGUGUGUGUGUGUGUGUGUGUGUGUGUGUGUGUGUGUGUGUGUGUGUGUGUGUGUGUGUGUGUGUGUGUGUGUGCGUGUGUGUGUGUGUGAACUUGGAAAGUGUGGGCAAGAAAGUUUUAAAAUGUUCACGAUCAUCAAGAAGGGGAAACCUGAAUGUAAAUAACGUUUGUUGUAGACAAACUACACAUUUGAAUUACUUUCACUGAUUAAUUUUAGGAUGUGUUGUUAUAUAACCAUUGCUUUGCCACAUAAAAUAAAUGCAUAUCAAUCUCAGCAAGUUAAAGACUGUUUGUAUAUUUAUUGAUAUUAAUGUUUCAUGUGGUCCCAACAUGCCUGUGCAUCUCUAAUAUUUCCUUUUGGUUUAAUUAGUAAUGAAAAGAACAAGUGAAGUAGAACUAAUCUGAACAAUGAUCUUUUUUCUCCCCAUUUCUGUCUCUCAUUCUCUCUCCUUCUGUCUGUGUGUCUGUUUUCUGUUACAACCUAUAUGAGAUAUUUUUAGUCACCGAUAACCCGAAGUAUAUUUUGACUUUUAUGACCUUUAAUCUUGUGUUCUUUUUCGUCCUCUGUUCUUCCUGUGGGUUUAUGUUUUUUUUUUCCCUUCUUCCUGUCUGUUUCUCUGCAGGGUCCGAGUUCAGGGCCAGGAAUCUUGUGUAAGACAAGGGUGUGUAGCUUGUGUUUAUUUUACUGUAAAAAGGUGAUAUAUAUACAAUAAAAGCAUUUUGAAAUAAAAAUAUAAAUAUGAGAUAUUAGA